AUGUCCCAGGAGUCGCUGUUCCAUACAGCAACAGAUCUUCAGUCCCAGUCCCUAAAUCGUGCUAGUCUACCUGGCCCAGACGUCUAUGCAGAUCUCAUUGGCCAAGCCGACGUGGACGAAUUCAUGCAGAAGCAUUUGGGAGAUCGUAGCAGCAUGAUUGCCACGUACAACGAUUCAUCCAAGCACCGAGCCCAGUACUACGAAGAAAAGUUUCAGCACAGAGAGAAUGGUACCAGCAGUGUCCGAGAGCGGGUCCAACGAGAGUCACCGGUGGUCGCCGAGCUUCGAACGAAUGUUAUUAUCAAAGAUGAAUUCACCCUUGUCACGGACCUCUCUUACCACCUGGCAGCACGAUACACCAGGCCAGAUUCAUGUGUAAUGGUGAAAGUGGACCACAGCGCGUGUCUAGCGCUAGGAGGCACCUUCGAUCCAUGCUACAUGCUCACCAUAACGGCAGUGCCCUCGCAGAUGGCUCCCACCACGAACAAGCGGAACGCUGCUCUUAUCCAGUCAUUCAUGGCAGACAUUCUGAGUGUGCCUCCAGAACGAGGCAUCAUCAAGUUUGAAGCUGUGCCAGAGGAGAACUAUGCCAUUAACGGUACCACGGUUCUUGGCGAUAUUGAGCGGCAGGAGAAGCAGCAAUCAACGGACGGCAACAACACUGUCCGGCGAGCUCUCAGUAACGGCAGGAAGAGCCUCCCAUCGUUCAGGAAGAGCCUGCCGAAGUUGAACGGCGACCCAAAAUCGAAUGGUGCACAAUCCUCAGAGACGAAGUCAGCGCAUCCGAAAAUGGAGUCGAAGCCGUCGUUCACGAAAAUUGCAGAUCGAAGGAAGAGCACGCCGAACCCAGCUGCUCCAGCAGAGGCUAUGAAUGGUGUGUUUGAACUACCAGCGAUCGAACUGGACCGAAAGCGACCAUCUACAGCCCACAGCCAAGCAGCAUCCAUUGGCUCGAAUGGAUUGCGCAUGAAUGGCGUAUCGGACGCAGAUCUGAGUCCACAGCUUUCGAGAUCUUCAUCUAGAGACAGACCGAAGACCAUCUCCGGUGGCAUCGCAUCGGUCCCAGUCAAGCCGAAGACUCCUGUCAAUGGUACAGCCACGCCUCAGUCCAGAUACUCCGGCGCACAUCUCUCCAAAGGCAAUCGUCCACCAUCGUUCCUAAAAGUCGACCCAACGAAGACUAGUAGAUCGUCACGACCCAACUCUUCUCACAAGCCAGGAUCACCAGGCGAGGUCAAGUCAAAGCCCCGAGAGACUUAUGUGGAUGGAGUAGUGGGCACUGCGACUGCGAAAGAGGAGCGUUCAAGCCCCAGUCCAUCCAAUUUCGGGCAGAAAGUAGAUGAGAGCAAGGAGCCAACUGCCAAUACAGCAAAGCGACGCUCAACAAUCACUGCCACUGCCAAAAUGCUCGAGCCUCCUCCAAUCCCGGCGGACACAAUGGACUCGAAAUCGACGAGGUCUAUGAAGAAGCGGAAGAGCUUCUUGUCGGCUUUCCGACGCAGCACUGCUGUUGCGAGCUGA